AGUGAACAGCGGGCGCGUUGACUCCGCCGUUGCGUUUUAUUUAAAAAAAAAAACGAUAUUUACAUAAAAUACUAACUUAUUAGAUACUUGUGGAAUGUAGUUUAGUGUUUCCGCCACAAACAUUUACAUGAAUUACGCGAUAGAGAGAAAGGCUAAGUUUAGCUCCGAUGCUAGCAUGUCGGCGAGCUACCCCACGCCGCUGUACGCUCACGCCGCGCGGGGAGACUUCCGUGAUGUCUACGAGCCGUCGGAGGAUUCGUUCUUGCUCAUUGACUCGCUGGAGAAAGAUGCGGAAAAGCUCCAGCGGAUGAGGCCGUGCGUCUGCGUGGAGGUCGGCAGCGGCUCCGGCGUGGUGUCUGCGUUUCUUGCAUCCGUGUUAGGACCCUCAUCUGUCUAUUUUUGCACUGAUGUGAAUGGCACAGCGGCGCAGUGCAGCGCCAAGACCGCAUCGUGCAACAACGUGUGCCUGCAGCCGGUCAUCACAGACCUGGUGGAGUGUUUCCUGCCCCGGUUAAGUGGACAAGUGGACGUGCUGCUCUUCAAUCCCCCUUAUGUGGUGACGUCAUCCAGUGAGGAGGGCAGCACAGGUAUAGAAGCCGCCUGGGCAGGUGGGAGGCGAGGCCGUGAGGUCAUCGACAGGUUUCUACCAGUCGUGUCCCAGAUGCUGUCCAGUCAAGGACUCUUCUACUUGGUCACCAUAGCAGAAAAUGAUCCAGAGGAGAUCAUCCAGUUACUGAGCGGAUACGGUCUGCACGGAUACCCACACCUGUCAACCAGAGCUGGAAACGAGAGACUCUCAGUCCUGCGCUUCCAUAAGCGCCAACAAACCUGAACUUGAAAUGCUUUUAUGACACGUCCAUCCUCACUGAGAUGGACAGCUCCGCUGGAGACCAGCUCCAUCGCCGCAGGGAAGGCCCUGUGCUCGGCCUCUUUGAUUCGGGCCGACAGACUUUCUUCAGUGUCGCCGCUCACCACCGGCACCGCCUC